UUUUGCUUAUCCCAGAUGCCCAAGAAACCAUCAGUUGACAGGGAUUCCAUUUUCACCGUCUUGUGUUCAGCAAAAGAUGCCAUAGUCCAAAAUGGCAAUAUAGCUACGCCUAAUCAGAGUAUCUGGACAGAGCUUAGUAAGCAGCUACAAAACAAGAUUACUGCAAAGGCUCUAUACACCUUUGUUAAAUUAAACAGACACAACAUCUGGACUGCUUUAGGAAUUUCUCACGAAAGUGAUCAUGAAACAAGUGGCAGUAGUGAUGACGCUGAUUUUGAGCCAGGGUCCCUUUCCCCCAGACCAAAAGAUUCCUGGACUUUUGAUCUUGAAGUUCCAUUUCAGAAAUGGAUUGAAUUCAUGCCUGAAACAGUAAAAUACAAAAACAAGUUAUCUGUAACACAAAAAAUGGAUUACACAAUUUUGAAGCAUGGCAUCUGGACACAUGUGAUAAAUCAUCAAAUUUGGCAAGAUGUGAAAUGCUUCUGCACAUUUGCCUUUAAAAGAGCCAAGGUCUAUCCAUCAGCCACUAAGAAAUACAUUGAAAUCAGAGGCAACUGUAAGGAGUGCCAUGGCCACAUUCACAUAAAAUGUGACGGAGAGCCUGAAAUAAACUGCCCAGUGGUGCUCAACUGUUUAAUUAAAAACACUGAUGGUUCCAUUCACACUGGCUGUUCCAGGCGUGCAAUGUCUGGUGUGCAAAAAACCUUGCGUGUGCAGGUUUCCAAAGAACUGUGUGAGGGUAGAAUGGAACCCCAUGUAUGGAGGGCAUUGGAGGCAACCAAGCUGAUGGAUUUUGGAGAUCCUGAGCCAAGUCAUCUGCCUAAUUUGGCCACCAUGCGCAAAGCAAAGCAAGAGAGAAAUGACUUGGAGUUAGGCGACAAGGAUCCCAUUUUUUCUCUGCAAAUGUUAAAAUACAGUGAACCUCACAGUGGCAGCAUUAAAGACAUUGGUCUGAACAAAUUUUUCUGUCACUAUUGGAGUCAAACACAACUGUACAUGUACAAAUCCUUAUCAAAGAUGUCUACUAACCCAGUUGUGAGUUUUGAUGCAACUGGCUCAGUAGUGAGGAAACUACAGAGACCAAUUGGCAAAUCUGGUCAUAUAUUUUUGUAUCAGGGUGUUCUGGCAGGGGAUGAGCACUCAAGUAUCCCAGUAGUGCAAAUGCUGUCAGAGAGACACGAUGUUAACGCAAUAACAAAUUGGCUGACAGAAUGGAUACGCGCAGGUGCACCAACUCCAAAAGAGGUUGUGAGUGACUUUUCUCUGGCUUUGCUCGGAGCUCUGGUCAAGGCUUUUACUCCUCAUCCUGAUUUAAAGACCUACACCAAUGAGUGUUAUGGUGUCUUACUUGGUAAACAGUCAGCAAAAGUGCCACCUUGUUUUGUUCGAGUUGAUGUUGCACAUUGCAUCAAGAUGAUCUGCCAGUGGGACUGUUUGAAGAAAAAACCGCAUCGCAUAAAAGAUUUCUUUGUGAGGUCAAUGGCACAGCUUCUCAUGUCACAGUCCAUGGAGGAUGCAAGAGAGCUACUACACAAUAUUACUAUUGUGGCUCUCAGUGAAAAAGAGGGAAAUGACAGCUCUGGAGCCCCUAACAUAUCAGAAAGAUGCAAGAAAUACCUGAAAGCUCGAAUUGCAGAAGAGUGUGUCAUCAUUCCAGAUGUAGAGGGUGAGGACCUGGAAAAAGUGGAUCCAUGUGAGCAAACACAGACAGACCUACAGCAGUGGGUGACAGACAUAUGUGAGGAGAGCAGGUCACUUGCCAUAGAUAAUGGUGAUCAUGACAAUAUGCACUUCCUCCCUGAGAUUAUUCCAAAUAUAAUCUGGCUGGCAAAUUACUUGCCACUCUGGACAGGGGUAAUGAUCCCUCACUUCCGAAGCACCAGCCUCACAGCAAGUUCUGCCAAUGUUGAAGCAAUGUUCAAAAACAUCAGACGCGGUCUUUUCAAGCAUGAAAACUUGCCUAUUCGGGUGGAUCAAUUUAUUGCACAACAUCUGUCCUUCAUUGAAGGCAACAUGUGGAUUUGUUCUGCAAAACAGAAAGGCAAGGUAAAAGUUGAAGAGGAUGCAUCUUUUGGAACAGUGAUCGUCACAGGAGCCAAUCCACUAUCCACUACAACUUCCAGUGUAGAUGUUAAACCAGAAAUGGAAGCUUUCUGUUCUGGGAAGUCUGAUACUGUCACAAGUGUCCAUCCAACAAACGAAGACGCUGUUGAAAACUGGAGAGGCCUAGCGGUUCCACCCAAAAAGAGUGACUGCUCUUUUGACGUUGACAAGGAACCAGAAGGUUCCGCAGACUCUUCCCCGACGAUUAUGAGCCAGCCAACAGACAACACUAGUGAUGCUGCCGGUGUCACCUCAGAACCUGCACCGGCAGCUGUCAAACUGGCAUCCACCGGAGGAAAGAAGCACACCAAGAAGAAGGUGGAGGAGUUGCUGGAAGAGGAAGAGGAAGAAUAUGUGGUGGAGAAAGUUCUCGACAGGCGGGUGGUGAAAGGCCGAGUCGAGUACCUGCUCAAAUGGAAGGGCUUUACAGAUGAGGACAACACAUGGGAGCCUGAAGAUAACCUUGACUGUCCAGACCUGAUAGCAGAGUUCCUGCAGUCACAGAAGAAGGCAGUAGAUGAGAAAAAAGAUGUGGGUGGCAAAAGGAAAGUGGGAGAGUCAGAUAACGAGACAGGCAGUGAAGACAGGCCUAAGAAGAGGAAAGAUGAGUUGCAGGGAUCUCCUAUCCUGUUGCAGGAAAAGCCAAGAGGCUUUGCUCGAGGAUUGGAUCCUGAACGCAUUAUUGGAGCCACAGAUUCCAGCGGAGAGCUGAUGUUCCUCAUGAAAUGGAAAAAUUCAGAUGAGGCAGAUCUUGUGCCAGCAAAGGAAGCGAACGUGAAGUGUCCACAAGUAGUUAUUUCAUUCUAUGAGGAACGGCUAACGUGGCACUCGUACCCCAAUGAGGAAGAGGAGAAGAAAGAUGACAAAAACUAAACGGCAAGCAGAAAUGUGCAGCAUGGUUGUUAUUGGCAGAGUGGCAGAUAUUGGUUUGCCUUUUUUUGUUUUUUUUUAAUAAACUUUUUAACUUUUGCCAUAAAUCUUGGACACUUGGAAAUUGUGUAGAACACACAUACAGUGGUGGGGUUUUCUGGAGAUUAAAUAUUAAAGAGUCUGGAUAGCAACAGCAGAAACUCUUGUCCAUUUGAUCCAUCUCCUUUCUCCCUUUUUUUUUUUUUGUUUUCUUUUGGGAUUAUGGGAAAUGUAGUCUACCAAGCUGCAAGUCAAUGUUUGUCUUAGAUAUGGUUUUAUGUGAGUACACUCUUGCUGUUAUGACGUGUUGUGAAGCAUAGACACCAGUAUUUUUUUAAGCAAGAAUAAACUUAUACAGUUCAUUAA